AUGGAGGUUAUGAUGAAAAAGUCACUAAGAAAAAGGAUUACUUUGGUAUUUCUAUGCAGCUUUCUUCUAUGUGCAGUCUAUGUCUCUGGCCGUAUUUUGGAAGAAGAUAUUGAGCAGGCGGCUGACUAUUGGAAAAGAAAGGUUAAAUUGUUGAAAGAUACUUUUGAGCGCAGAGACAAGUUUCGCGCGCUUAUUAAAAAAGAAAUAAAUCAAAGAAAAGUCCAUAAUAUCCUGCAGGAAAUAGAGAUAGAUCUUGCUCCUGGCAGAGAAAGUCUGAAAUCUAUGAAUAAAGACUUAGAAAGAAUUUCCAGCUUGAUAAAAUCAAUAGCAGAUAUUUCUAGCAGUAAAAGUAACAAAAUUCCUAUUGAUAAAAGGGCAUCGCAGAUUGAAGAUAACAUAUCCAGCAUAGAUAUGCUUCUUUCCCAACUGUUUUUUACAUUUGAGAUAGGAUGCUCAAUUUUGGAAAAUAUUGACAGGCAGUUUCUUGAGAUAAUUAAGAUGCACUACACUGAGAAUAAUAAGUUUGCUUCUUUGGAGUCUUCGCCUAUUUGGUAUUUGUCCAAAGCAAACAAACCAGUGGCAAUUGAGCUAAUACAGUACUUCUUCUUAAUUAACCCGAAAAAAAUGAUGGAUUGCAAAGCCUUAGAAGGGAUGGCGCGCGAUCUGCAUGUAAGAAUGCCGCAUAUUAGUGAAAUGCAUUUUGGCCAAUAUGUUUCUCUUGUAAGAUCAUUGUCAGUGGUAUAUUCCAAUGAUAUACUGCAUGCAGCGGGUGUUGGAAUCGAUAGCUUAGUGCAUAACUCAUUCUUUUCUCUCAGUGCAUUCAAGAGCCAAAAUUCGUAUGCUGAAACAUACGCGCACCUUCUUAAACUAUGCAAGGAGUCUUCUUCAAUACAAAUUGAGUCGAAAAAGAUAAACCAGAAAUCCAUACUAAAUAUGAUAUGUCUUGAGUAUUUUUUAUCCGGUGGGCUAAUUAAUCACAAGAGAAACACUUUGUUAAAGGUGAUAGAAACAAUAGUGAAUUCUUUGCAUAUGAUAUAUUUAACAGAUAAAGGGGAAUCGAAUAUAAACCGUGUAAAAAGCUCAAGAGAUUCGCUGCUUAGCCUAUUUAGUAUGUUGUGGGAGGUACGCGAUGAGUCAUUUUCAAAUGUCUCGAAUAUAUCCCGGGCAUGCAAUGAAAUGGAAAUAAGCCCAAAGGCAGUCAGGUUUAUAAGGAACGAAUUAAUUAAGUGUAGAUGGAUGUAUUCAUUGGACUUUGCAGUAGAAAACACUCUGCAAAUGAAAAAGUACAAUAUUGUAUUUGGUAAGAUGAUUAGCUUGUCGCUUAUCCAUCCCUUAUGGUAUGCUUGCAUAGAAAGCACUACUUUGAAGGAAAGCAUACAAAGAUACAAUACAGAUAUAUAUACUUCAGUACUAAGGAUGACAAGAAUACAAAGUGCCAAUUCAGAUGCAGUAAUAUAUCCCAGCCUAAUAUUUAAUACUGAAAAAGGAAAGAUGCCAGAUGUUAUGCGAUCCUGUAUUGAGCUGUGGUUUACAUCUGAUAUUAAGGUGGUUAUAAGUGAGCCAGCUUGUCACUCUAAUGUCUGCAGGGUUGUCACUAGAUUUGUUGAGUUUCUCUCUCCUGGCAGAACAAUAUCCUUUAUAUUUUAA